GAUAUAUAGAGAGACAACUCAUAUUCCUACUUUCGUUUUGAAUACGAGAAUUGUCAAUGUCGACUGUAGUGUUUACUGUUAAAUAAAGAAAUGAUGUUAUCUAAUAUUCUUAUCGGGGACCCGGAGAGGAUAUUGUUAUUACCAUUUUGCUCGGCAGCAUAGUGCAAGACGAAGUCACAGAACAGAUGUACUGGACGACUCCCUGAUUUGUCAUGCCUUGUAAACAAAACCCACAAGUAUUCAUCUCAUACAGUGCAAAAGACUUGGAGUUAGUGCGGGAAAUUCAACGUGGUCUGCAGAGGAAACAACCAGAGCUGAAAGUGUUUGUAGCUGCUGACAGCAUAUACGGAGGGCAACCGACGAUAGAUAGUAUUGUCGAAGGAAUCCAUCGAAGCUCAAAAUGUUUAUUACUUGUCACAAAGAACUCAUUGAAAAGCUCUUGGUUCGCUUUUGAAACGACACUGUCUUUAGAAUGGUCAGAACAACUAGGCACAUUCUGCAGUGUUAUGCUCCUAUAUGGAGUCACCAGGGAGGAGCUUCCGAAAUUCCAGUUAUUUGACAUCAUGCCGAAGGUGCCUUUAAGACUAGACUCCAAUGAUAAGUGGGUGGACGACCAGAUUUGUAAGGUCAUCGAAGCAAUACAAAAGGAGACUCCCAUCAACCAUGCACUUCCUGUUGGGAAUGUUGCGCAUGCUCAAGCCUGGUCUCAUUUUUUUGGCUAUCACAAUGUGGUACACGGCCUUUUAGAAGAGAGAAUCCGGACCUCUGACUGGUAUAAGGAAAACCCAAACAAUUUUCCUAUCAAAAUAUACGAGAUGGUAUCAAAAAGCUGCGACUCAACCUCCUUUACAAGCGAUCGAAGAAUAAAAAAGGUUGGAGGGCUGGAUCCGAUAGUUGUGACCAGAGCUGGCAACAAAACUAGACCGUAUAUACUCAAUGUUUAUCGCCUAGAAGACGGAGGACAUAAGUACUACUGUGUUGCACAGUAUCCAAAUGUGAUUAGUGCCAUUCUGAAGAUGGAACAAUCAUCAGACAUACAGAUGAAACAGUAUGAAAAAGAAAUGCAACUUGCACGAUUCAACUACACUCUAAGUGCCAUCCUCCACCACAAUGUGAACAAGACCUGCCAUCGGCAGGCCCGACUACUCCAGUUUGAUGGCCAAGAACCGAGCGAGGUACUUUUGAACGCAAUUAAAACGGAUAUAAGAGAGGGGGAGUCAAUUGCUUUGAAGCAAGCAUUGCCAGCACCGUUGAAAUCACAACAAGCUGACUUGGAGACCGAUGGCGAAGGUGAUGACAAAACAUACGAUGCUGUCAUUGUGUGUGGCGAAGGAGACGAGGGAAAAGCAUAUGAAAUAGAGGAUUUUCUGAUCCGACAAAAACUCAGGAUUAAACCGCUUUUGAUAGGGAGGAGCAUUUUAAGAGAUCUCGGGGAUGCGACUGACCAGUGCCGAUGGAUCAUACUGAUUAUGACCAAAAGUUGUCUCAACGAAAGCACGUUCAGUCUCCUCACGAUGUCCCUGUUAACAAACAGCAUCUCCGAAAAGAAUCUCAACAUCAUUCCCAUUGUUGAUGACUUGACAACUGGUCGAAUACCAACACAACUGCAGUGGAUCACAUACAUUGACAUGAGAUCCAAAGGAUACAAAGAACGCAUAUGUAAAGCACUGAAAGGGGAAGACAUUCCGUUGGCUCUAGAAACAGCUCACAUUCCUGCUGGUAACCUUGGAUAUGGGCUGGCUUGGGGUUACAUCGUUAACUACAUGCAAACGGUCCUUUCCAAGUUUGGGCCACAUCUACAGAAGGUGGUUAAAGGAGAGGAGAGAUCCUGUCCGGAAAAACUUUACGUGUUGAUGCCGAAAAGCUGUAAAUGCACUGGACUUAUAAGUGAAACGUGGCCGUAUGUGAAACACUUCAGUUCCUUUGCCACAUUAACGGAAGACCUUGGUGGUGCUAACAUUAUCAAGUCACUGGAUAUAUAUUACAUCAUAGAUGACGACAAUAUCAGACCACAGAAACAUUACUUCAUUGGGCAGUACCCUGCCCCUGUGUUGUGUCUAUGGGAGAUGAACGAAUCAAGAAUCGCAAGCAUCACAGAUCGCACCAUGGAGAGAGAGGCUGAAAGAUUCCUGCAUACAUUUGAAUGCUUAAUGAAAGGAAAUGUCGGCAAUAAAUUGCACACGAAAUGUGAAAUUGUCCAUUUUGAUGACUCCAAACAAGAGGAUCUCCGGAGAAAACUUGUACCAAUACUCAGAAGAGACAACAAAAGAAUGCUAGAAUCGAGAGGACACAUGUAGAAUGUCCUUAGGCAGAGAGAAUACACAGAUGGACAGAGACAGAGGGAUCGAGAGUAAAAGAGAUUGUGUUUAUUUGACAGGACAAAGCAAUUUCACAACCCGACACUUUCAACGUAGAACGUGGAAAAAACAGUUUUACACUACGUCUCCCGGCAACAAUUGGAGGCAUUGUAUUGUGUCCUCCGGUCCUGCAGUCAUUUUUAGCUGAUACACAGCGAAGUGAGCACUGCGCAAUUACCAUUAACAUUUUGAUAAAAAAAAGUCUAUCGGUAGUUCGUAGUUUCCAAAGUGUUUAUAAGUUUUUAUCAUUUCAGAAUUAUUAUCAUAUAAAAUCACGUGUUCUGAAAAAGUAAGGCCAUGUUAUCGUUAUGUAUAUAUUUAA